UCCUGUUAGUGUCUGGCUCUGUGGCAGGGCUGCUAUUUGUUGCAGUUGGCUACGCCCUCCUGCUCACCAAAAACAGCCUCAAAAACAACCAUUUCCUCUCUGCUGAGAGACAGGGAAACUGGAGCUCACACACAUACGCGCAUACACACGUUUCCUUGUGGCAGUCGUUCUGCUUUUCAGGAUCUGCCAUUUGUAGCAGAGGUACCAAGACGGGACAGGCAGCAGAGAGGUGGCCAAACCCACAUUGCUUCCACAACCCUGCUCCUCCAUCAGACUGGCUCCCACAGCCCAUUCUGAGGAGUGUGACCCAGCUGAUUCCCACGCUGUGCCUGCCUCCUGAGUUACUGUCCGUUUUCCACUGCUGUAGGCAAGAGGCACUGUGGACACAGCCUCCCUGGCCUCUGCUCCAAAGAAGACGCCCACUUACAACUCUGGAUUCUUGCUGGUGCAGCCAGUGCCCCAGAUUUCUCCCUGGAAUGGGUCUUGGGGAGACCAGCUUCAGCACAGGCUUGUCCCUGCUCCAGGCUCAAGAGGCAGGAUAAGACAGGGCUGUGAGUAGCUCGCUUGGACCUGUCCCAUGGGCUUCUCCCCGUACCUCCGACAUUCUCAUGUGCCUGGCUGGAGCUGCUGCAUAGCUUCUCAAGGAUGAGUGGUGAUGUUCUCUAGCCACCCCUAGCAGCAUCUUGGCUUUCUCUGGAUGCACAGCGGCUGACUGGGACUUGGGACUUUCUCCGAGAUAGACAGUACUGGCAGUCAGAUAUGACUGUCCAGAAGCUUGUGGCCACAGCUGUGCUGGUGGCCCUGGUCUCCCUCAUCCUCAACAACGCAGCAGCCUUUACCCCCAACUGGGUGUACCAGACACUGGAGGAUGGACGCAAGCGGAGUGUGGGGCUGUGGAAGUCCUGCUGGCUGGUGGACAAGGGUAAAGGAGGCACAAACCCUGGGACUCGAACUGGACAGGUGGACACCCAUGACUGUGAGGUGCUAGGAUGGGGCUCUGAAUCAGCAGGUUUCCAGGAGUCCCGAGGCACUGUCAAACUACAGUUUGACAUGAUGCGUGCUUGCAACCUGGUGGCCACAGCCGCACUUGCUGUGGGUCAGAUCACCUUCAUCCUUGGGCUGACGGGCCUGCCCCUGAUGUCACCAGAGUCCCAGUGCUGGGAGGAGGUCAUGGCUGCUGCAUUCCAGCUGGCAAGCUUUGUGCUGGUCAUCGGACUGGUGACCUUCUACAGAAUUGGCCCUUACACCAACUUAUCUUGGUCUUGCUACCUGAACAUUGGUGCCUGCCUGUUGGCCACCCUGGCGGCUGCAAUGCUCAUCUGGAACAUUCUUCACCGGAGGGAGGACUGCAUGGCACCCCGGGUGAUCGUCAUCAGCCGUUCUCUCACAGCACGGUUUCGCCGUGGCUUGGAUAAUGACUAUGUGGAGUCUCCAUGCUGACAGCACCCUUAUGGGGACUCUCUAUGAAUAACCACUAUAACGCUGCCGUAGUCUAGAAACCGGUAGACUGUUCCAGGCCCUGCUUGUGCAGAGGUGUGGGGCAAGUCUGGGCUACCUAUAUAUACAUAUGUAUGAUACUCAUGUACAUUUAUUAUGUUACAUAUGAAUAUAUUAUGUGUCUCUGUGUCAUUGUGUCACCCUACUUCUGACACGAUCUUCCUUGGCCAGCAUAGCAUGGCUUCACAUCAUGCAAGUUUCAAAGGUGGAAACUAGAAACUGAGGCAGGGAAGGAGGCAGUGUGGGGCACCUUGCUCCCCCCUCCAUUUGGGGUUAAUUUAUUCUCCAUCUACUAGGAUGGUAUCCCCAGUUACUUUUACACAAUGCAGAACAUCCAGGAAUCUUCAUGAAGGGUCUGAUAGUCCUUGAAUAAAACAGACCUUAGAACAGGUGGUACCGGUUUCACGCCAGAGUCAGGUUAAGAGCGUACGUUUUACUCCUGAUUAUUUGUCUAAGUUAAAAUAAACACAAGUCUCUGAACUGA